AUGGCACCCGUGAAGCAACUCUCCGCGCAAGCGGUUCACCCUAAUCCCGACUCGGUCUUCAGUCCGUUCCCGAGCAGGCGGAGUGUGGUGCACAGCACGGGUGGGAUGGUGGCGUGUACGCAGCCGUUGGCCUCGGAAGCUGGACAGAGGAUUCUCAAGCUGGGUGGAAAUGCUGCGGACGCAGCUGUUGCUGUGGCUGCGGCCUUGAAUGUGACGGAGCCGGCUAUGACGGGUAUUGGUGGAGAUAUGUUUUGUCUCUACUUCGACCACAAAACCAAGUCAAUACGCGCUCUCAAUGGCUCCGGACGAGCUCCGCAGAAUACGACGGCGGAGCAGGUCCGAAAGGAGCUCGAAAUAAAUCAUGGCAAGAUACCGGCUUCUUCAGCUCUUUCCGUCACCGUUCCGGGUGCUGCAGCUGGAUGGGUGGACACUUUUGAGAAGUUCGGCAGCGGCAAGGUGACCCUGGAGCAAGUCCUGACGCCAGCUAUCGAGCUUGCCGAGAACGGAUUCCCGGUCAGCGAGUUCAGUGCCAAAUUCUGGGCUCAGGGUGAACAGGCUAUCCGCGAUGCCUCACCAAACUUCCGGGAGAUAUUGAAACGGGACAAGGAUGCGGAGAACUUCGUUCGCGCUCCUCGCGCCGGAGAGAUCUUCCGCAACCCCAACCUGGGCAAAACGUUCCGUACGCUGGCAGCCGAGGGAAAGAAAGGGUUUUACAGCGGUCGAAUCGGCCAAAGCAUUGUUGACGUUCUCAAGCAGCGUGGAGCUCAUAUGGAGCUGUCUGAUCUUCAGCACCAUCUUGACAAAGGGUCUGAAGAGCCUGAGCCAAUCUCGAUACGUUUCACGGGACAAAAGACUGGAGCUCCCGGCCAUCCUGCAGCGGUAGGACUGAAAAAUCGCUACAUCGAGCUUUGGGAGCACCCGCCCAACGGUCAAGGUAUCGUAGCCCUGAUGGCACUCGGUAUCUUUCAGGAGUUGGAGCGCACAAAGCAGAUCCUCCCUUUCGCCCAAGAAGAUCACAACAGUGUGACAUAUCUGCACGCUGUCAUCGAGGCGCUGCGUAUCGCCUUCGCUGAUGCGGCGUGGUGGGUCACCGAUCCUGACCCAGAACACUCUCAUGUCAAACCCCUCGAGCUGAUCGACCCGACAUAUCUGGCGGAGAGGGCAAAAUUGUUCGACAAGGAGAAGUCUGGCAACCACUCAUACGGCAAGCCAAGUCCAUCGCCAGCACAAACCAACAGUGAUACGGUGUACUUCGCCGUGGCGGAUAAAGAGGGCAAUGGAAUGUCCUUCAUCAACUCAGUCUACUCCGGAUUCGGGUCGUGCAUUGUUCCAGAAGGUUGCGGUUUCACACUGCAGAACCGUGGAUCGACGUUUGAUCUCGGCCCAGAAAAUCACCCCAAUCUCUACAAAGGCGGCAAGCGCCCAUACCAUACCAUCAUUCCAGGCAUGUUGACGCAUGGUUCCGAGUCGAGUGACGAGCGAGAGCUCCAUUCAGUUUUUGGAGUCAUGGGUGGCUAUAUGCAGCCUCAAGGGCACAUGCAGACCUUGCUCAACAUGGAAGUGUUCGGCAUGAAUCCACAGCAGGCUCUGGACGCGCCACGCAUAUGCGUUGGGGCGGGCAUGCCGGACCAAGGUGAUGGCAAGACUGGUGGGCAGACCGUGUACGUGGAAGAAGGCAUACCAGAUGAGGUCUUCCAGGGAUUAAAAAAGAUGGGUCACCAGGUGGAAAUGUUGUAUGGCUGGGACAGAAGCAUGUUCGGCAGAGGUCAGAUCAUUAGACGACAUAUUGACGAGGAGACUGGAUUGAGAGUAUGGUCGGCUGGUAGCGACAUGAGGGGCGAUGGAUGUGCUAUGCCUGCGUAG